AUGGUGAGUUCAAAGAGGCUCUACAACUGGUACAUCGCCCUCGUGGCGGCCAUGUGCAUGGUCCUCUACGGCUACGACGCCUCAGUCUUCAACGCGGCGCAGGGCUCCGACAACUGGCUUGAGUGGUUCGACCUCGAUACUAAGAGAGAUGCGAACCUGAUAGGGCUGAUUAAUACGGCCUAUACUAUUGGCGCUAUCGUUGCGGGUUGGUUCUUUGGUGGCCCAACUGCGGACUAUUUCGGUCGACGAAUUGGUAUGGGUAUAGGCUGCCUAUUGACCAUCGCAGCCACAUUCAUGCAAGCCUUCGCUCCGUGGCAUAAUCUCGGGUGCUUCAUCGGCGGCCGCGUACUCAUCGGUAUCGGACAGGGCAUGGCUCUCACCGCCGGCCCCAUCUAUAUCGGCGAGGUCUCGCCCCCGGAGAUCCGCGGGCAGAUCAUGACGUUUUGGCAGAUGUUCUACAGCGUGGGGUCUUUCAUCGCGUACUGGAUUGCAUACACAUGCAACGCGAACCAAGAGAAGCUCGGCCACUGGGACUGGCGCAUGGUUGUCAUCUUCCAGAUGCUGGUGCCAAUCAUCAUCAUCGUGCUCCUGCCCUUCCAACCCGAGUCCCCGCGCUGGUGGAUCAAGCGCCAUAACAACGUCGAGGAGGCUAAGAAGGCGCUGCGUAAGAUCCGGGACACGGAACAGGAUGUCGAAUUCGAAGUCUUGAGCAUACGGGAGGCUAUUGGGUUUGAAAAUGAGGCUAUGAGCAGCUCGUAUAUGGCUCUCUUCAAGGACCCGUCCGUACGCAAGAGGCUUUACCUUGCCUUCAUCUUGAAUGUUGGACAGCAGCUUUCUGGCCAGGGAACACUUAACUCGUACUCGAGCGCCAUAUACAAGACGAUCUGGCCUUCGACGCAAACGAUAAACUUGAUUAACGCCCUAAAUGCAACAUGUGGUAUACUAUUUACCCUCAAUGCCGUCUGGACCGCGGAUAGAUUUGGCCGGCGAUGGCUAUUCAUCGUGGGUGCGAUCGGAAUGGGAAUUUGCAUGUUAAUCGUUCCUAUUAUCGGUAUGACGACACCCGACGUGGUCGGAGUCAAAGGCGCAGUUACAAAGGCGCAACCUGUUGGCAUAGCUAUCGUCUUCCUCCUAUUCCUUUUCAUAUUCUUCUACAAGCCCUCGUGGGGAGCAACGACAUGGAUAUGGACUUCAGAGGUGUUUAGUAUGAACGUUAGGGCACAGGCGGUUGGAAUGUGCUCCCAAAUGCAGAAUGUUGCCAACACCAUCUUCCAACAAUUCUUUCCUAUCUUCCUUGCUAGGGAGGGUUUAAAAUGUUUAUUCUUCUUCAUGGCAACUAACUUCGUCUUGGAUGUCUUCGUAUGGUUCUGCAUCCCCGAGACGAUGAAAGUUCCAUUAGAGGAAAUCGACGCGUUGUUCGGCGGUCAGAAUCACGUAGAGAAGGGUGGACAGAUGCUCGCCAUUACGGAUGCACACAACAUAGAGGAGAAAACUAGCGCCUCUGUGUAG